AAAAUAUCAUGCAAACCAUAUGAAAGACCUAAAGACAAACAAUAGAACAAAGGGUUCACUUGGGUUACUUGGAUCAAUUAAGCAGAAACAAAAACAUGGACAGUAAAAGAGCAACUUCUCAUUCAAGUCCUCUUGACAAUCAUUUUGUGGACAUCCAUGAAGUCUUCCCUGAAGAAGAAGAAGAAGAAGAACGAGAACAAGGAGUGAAAAAAAUGACUGACAAACCUGAGAAGCGCUCGAGCAGGCCCGUCAAGACUCGAGAAUCAAAGAAACAACAACAACACAGAAGCUUUAGCCGCCAAGUCUCACUAGAGACCGGCUUUUCAGUGCUCAACAGAGAGUCCAAAGCAGCUAAAGAUGAAAGAAGAUUGCUUUCAAGAAGUGGAAAUAGUUUUGGAGGGUUUGGUUCCGUGAAUAGGGUUAGUGGUGAGGCAAUUAGGAGGACAGAUUUCAGCAUAUUUAGGACGAAAUCGACUCUCGGGAAGCAGCACUCGCUGUUGCCUACAAGGAAGGAGAGUGAAAUGGAGAAUCAGAGAAACGAGGGGUAUGGAUCUGGAGGGGUUGAUGAAUCUGUAAAUAAGAGUGUCCCUGCUGGAAGGUACUUUGCUGCUCUUAGAGGACCUGAACUUGAUCAAGUCAAGGACUUUGAGGACAUCCUCCUCCCCAAAGAUGAGAAAUGGCCCUUCCUCCUCCGAUUCCCCAUCGGCUGCUUCGGUAUCUGCCUCGGCCUCAGUAGCCAAGCCAUCCUCUGGGGAGCCCUGGCGACCAGCCCGGUAACCAUAUCUCUCCACAUCACCCCCUGCAUCAACCUCGCUCUCUGGCUACUCGCCCUCUUAGUUCUCACCUUCGUCUCCACCACCUACAUCCUAAAAUGCAUCUUCUACUUCGAAGCCGUCAAGAGAGAGUACUUUCACCCUGUCCGAGUCAACUUCUUCUUCGCCCCGUGGAUCGUCCUCAUGUUCUUAGCCCUUUCCACUCCCCCUUUAAUCUCCUCCUCCCCUCUCCACCCUGCCAUUUGGUGCACCUUCAUGGCUCCUCUUUUCUUUCUCAAGCUCAAAAUCUACGGCCAGUGGCUCUCCGGGGGGAAGAGGCGACUAUGCAAGGUGGCGAACCCCUCUUCUCAUCUCUCUGUGGUAGGGAACUUUGUGGGCGCGAUUUUGGCAGCCAAGGUGGGGUGGAAAGAGCCUGCUAAGUUCUUGUGGGCAGUCGGGUUUGCGCAUUACCUUGUGUUGUUUGUGACAUUGUAUCAGAGGUUGCCGACGAGUGAAGCGUUGCCUAAAGAGUUGCACCCUGUGUAUUCUAUGUUCAUUGCAGCUCCGUCUGCGGCGAGCAUUGCUUGGGAGACUAUCUAUGGAGAGUUUGAUGGGUUGUCAAGGACUUGCUACUUCAUUGCAUUGUUCCUCUAUGUUUCUCUGGUUGUGAGAAUCAACUUCUUCAGGGGUUUCAGGUUUUCAGUUGCAUGGUGGUCUUACACCUUCCCCAUGACCACUGCAUCACUGGCGACCAUCAAGUACGCAGAGCAUGUACCUUCAAAUAUAACCAAAGGCCUCGCUCUCACCCUCUCAUUCAUGUCCACAACAAUGGUGUCCGUCUUGCUUGUUUCUACCCUCCUCCAUGCCUUCGUUUGGCACACGCUAUUCCCGAAUGACCUCGCCAUUGCCAUAACCAAGAAAAGACAUGUGAAGGAGAAGAAGCCAACCAAAAGAGCCUAUGAUAUACGGCGCUGGACAAAGUCUCCUCUCUCCCUUGUUUCAUCCAUAACCAAACAUAAUUCAAAGAACAAGGACUCUGAUGGACAGAAAGAAGUUGAGGAUUGAAUCAUCUGUUAGGCAAAACCUUGCAGCCAAAAUAGAAGUACUCUAAAAUUCUCAGCACCUUCAAAAAAAAAAAAGGCAAAAAGUGUCGGACAAAUAAAAUUUCACCAUGUAUCUCAAUCCCCCUCGUGGCUUUGUAAUUAGUUACUAUCUGACACUUUCCAGAUAAGUUAGGAAAGGAUCUUCCUACAAAUUGUAAAAUAAAAAUCCAAUUUCCAUUCUCUUCAUUAUAAAGAAGUUAUGUGGUAGGUCCAACCUAUCAUGUAGUUGUGUCCUCA